AGUUUCAGGCGAGGCGUUUCGGUUAAGUGUAGAAUCGUGCAGAAGCGUUUGAUUAGCAGACUCGGCUUUGCUUGUUCUCGUGCUCCUCCAGUAGAAGACAAUGGGAUUUACGGAUAUCUUGAGGCUUGAUUUUGUUGAGAUUAAUGUUACAACAGCCACGCUGACUUUUCUGGUGAUAAUAUUGAUUCUCCUUGCUUGGUACACCACCUCUUUGUUCUCCAGGCUUGAUAAAGUGGGAAUCCGUCAUCCUCCACCUUUGCCUUUGAUUGGAAAUCUACUAUAUUUCCGUGAGGGCUUUUGGGAGAACCACAACAAGCUGAUUAGAGAAUAUGGACCUUCUUGUGGGUAUUACAUUGGUCAUCGAAUGUACAUAGUGGUAUCUGAGCCAGAUAUGAUCAAAUGUAUCUUAGAGGAUGACUUCAGAAACUUUAGGAACCGAAUGAAUCCAGAUUUGGCUUUUAAGCCAUUUGCAGACAGCAUUGUCAUGUUGCGUGAUGAGAAGUGGAAAAAUGUCCGGAGCAUAUUGACCCCAGCUUUCGGUAUUGCAAAGAUAAAAGAGAUGACUCCUCUAAUCAACGAAGCAUGCAAUAUCCUGCUGAAUAACUUAAAGGUCUAUGCAGAUUCUGGUACUGCUUUUGACAUUCAAAGGAAUUAUGGCUGCUUCACGUUGGAUAUUGUUGCAAGUGUAGCUUUUGGUGCCCAGAUUGAUUCCCAGAAGACUCCUAAUGACAUUUUUGUUAAGAACACCAGAAGAUUCUUUGAACCUUUAAUAUUUAAACCUCUCUUCAUCCUUGCCAUUGCAUUUCCAUUUAUAAUGAUCCCUCUGCUUCGCAUUUUGCCAAAUAAGAAACGAGAUGAAGUGAAUGGGUUUUUUAUCAGUCUCAUCAAGAAUAUGAUUACUUUGAGAGAUCAGCAGGAUCCAAAUGAGAGACGCAGAGACUUCCUUCAGUUGAUGCUUGAUGUGCGGAUGCCUACCGCUGACAUUGUCAGGGAACGGUCAGACGCAGCCAGCCAAGCUGACUUUUCUGAAGCUCUGCCGAAAAAGCAGCAGGCGUUGUUGAGUGAUGAUGAGAUAGCUGGACAAGCCUCCUUGUUCCUGAUUGCUGGCUAUGAAACCACCACCAGCACACUUUCCUUUGGCACUUACCUGCUAGCCACCAAUCCCCAGUGCCAAGAGAAGCUGCUCCAAGAGGUAGAUGACUUCUUUUCAAAACAUGACAUUCCAAAUUAUGAAAAUAUACAGGAACUCUCAUAUCUUGAUAUGGUGAUAGCAGAGACUCUGCGCAUGUACCCUCCGGCAUUCAGGUUCACCCGGGAAGCAGCAAAAGACUCUUUCGUGCUGCAGCAACAUGUCCCUGCUGGUGCUAUCAUAGAAAUUGCUGUUGGACACCUCCAUUACAAUCCAAAGUUCUGGCCAGAACCUGAAAAGUUUAUUCCUGAGAGGUUUACAGCUGAGGCUAUGCAGCAGCAGCAUCGUUUUGCUUAUCUGCCCUUUGGGGCAGGUCCUCGUGGCUGCAUUGGCAUGAAGCUGGGUUUGAUGACAAUAAAAAUUGCAUUUCUAAGAAUUUUGCAGAGGUUCAUGUUCAAAACUUGCCCUGAGACCCAGAUCCCUUUGCAGGUCAAAUCUCACAGUACACUAGGACCACAGGAUGGCAUCUUCAUCAAGAUCAUUCCUCGUUAAUAUAGUAACAUCACUCGGUAUGCUUUUUCUGGAGACGCUUUGACUUACCCCAUGCUGAAAACUUAUUUGUAACAUGGAAAAACCUGUUAAAGGCAUCAAAGCUCCUACCCAAGGACAUCCUGUUCAGACCUCUCUUCUGCUAUCUGAAAUCUCUACAGUCUGCCUUCUAGCCUUACAAGUCAUCUUAGAAUGCUAAAUUCCAAAGACAGUUAAACCCCUGCGCUCACAGACUUAACAUUAUAAUGGCUGAUAUGUCUGCUGCACUUUGAAAGCAUGUGUUUAAUACAUUUUUCUGGUGGGGAGAACUUGCUAAUAAUGAAAAUGGGAUGCUCACAAAAUAAAUUGUUUUAGAUGUUGAGCAUUAAAAAGUAAUUUUUAAAACAUUUCAGGUUGUUACAACUGAUCAGUGGUCUGCUUCGCCUCAACUCUAUCCUGGUAGAGUUGUUCCUCUCCUGUCCAAGAUCACUGGCAGAUUUACCUAGGUAAUUCUGCAGCCCAAGAUGUAACUGACUGUCUUGAAUAUGAGCUGUUUUGGCCUUCCCACCAGAAGUCAAACAAGGCAGCCUUCUCCAAUCUGGUGCCCUAUCCACAUGGUAACCUUUUUCAUCCUUCAGCUGGUUUGGCUAAUGGUGUGUACCAGACUGCAAAAAGCUAAAUGAAAACCAGUUUAUUCAUCCAACUUCUCAAGGCCUGUGGUUUUCAUUGACCCCUCAACAGCAUUCCUGGCCUUUCUUUGAACUUCGUAUUAGCACCAAGAUUUU